AUGGACAGACAUCAGCUGAUCGACCCUUUGGAGAACCUGGAAGACAGGAUGUGCAUGAAGCACAAUAAACCUCUGGAGCUGUUCUGUAAGACCGACCAGACAUUUGUCUGUGUGUUCUGCUCUAUUUUAGACCACAAGACACAUGAUAUUGUUCCUCUGAAAGAAGAAUAUGAAAGACAGAAGGCAGAGCUGGGGAAGACAGAGGCUGAAAUUCAGGAGAUGAUCCAGAAGAGACGACUGAAGAUUAAAGAGAUCAAACACUCAGUUGACCUCAGUAAGGAAGCUGCAGACAGAGAGAAAGCAGAAGGUGUUCAGGUCUUCACCGCUCUGAAGGAGUCUGUUGAGAGAAGCCUGAAUGAGCUCAUUGAGACGAUUGAAGAGAAGCAAAGAACAACAGAGAAACAGGCUGAAGACUUCAUCAAAGAGCUGGAACAGGAAAUCUCUGAGCUGAAAAAGAGAAACUCUGAGGUGGAGAAGCUCUCACACUCUGAAGACCACCUCCACCUCCUCCAAAACUUCCUGUCCCUGAAAGCUGCUCCACCCACCAAAGACUGGACAGAGGUCAGUGUCCGUCCAUCAUAUGAGGGGACUGUGGUGAAAGUUGUGGCUCAGCUGGAGGAGACACUCAAUAAACAGAUGAAGAAGCUGCUUGAGGCUGAGCUGAAGAGGGUCCAGCAGUAUGCAGUGGAUGUGACUCUUGAUCCUGAUACAGCACAUUCUAAACUCAUCCUGUCUGAUGAUGGGAAACAAGUACAUCAUGGUGAUGUGUGGAAGAAUCUCCCAGACAAUCCAAAGAGAUUUUCUUUAUAUAUUUGUGUGUUAGGAAAGCAGAGUUUGUCUUCAGGCAGGUUUUACUUUGAGGUUCAGGUUAAAGAGAAGACUGGCUGGACUUUAGGAGUGGCCAGAGAGUCGAUUGACAGGAAGGGAGAAAUCACACUGAGUCCUGAAGAUGGUUUCUGGACAAUAUGGUUGACAGGAAAUUACUUCACUUUGGGUGACCCUCCAGUCGAUCUCUCUCUGAAGUCUCCUCCUCAGAAGGUGGGGGUGUUUGUGGAUUAUGAGGAGGGUCUGGUCUCUUUUUAUGACGUAGAUGCUGCAGCUCUUAUCUAUUCCUUUACUGGCUGCUCCUUCACUCAGAAACUCUACCCAUACUUCAGUCCCCAUUUAAAUGAUGAUGGUACAAACUCCGCCCCUCUGAUCAUCUCUCCUGUCAAACUGCCUGAUCUAUUUUUUUGA